AUGCCGUUGAGAGUUGAUUCUCAGCUUGAAGCAGAGAAUUACUUUCAUGGGUUUCUGGAUACGUGAGUUUUGAGGCUAAUUUUUGUUAGAAAAGGCUGGAAAAAAGAUCAUUCCCCUCAAAGACUAUAAGGAAAGGUGAAAGAUUUUUCAAAUUUCAGAGACGAUGUCAAUGAAAUAUUGCAAAAGUCGGGAGAUUUUCUCGUUCGCUACACAGUCCCAAUAUCCCACGGCGCCGAUUAUAAUUAUGUUGUCAGCGUGGUCGCCAAGCCAACAACGAAGGAAAAGGUGCUGAGAUUUAUUGUUAUAGAUCUCUUUUCGUUAGAGGCGAAUAGACAGUGAGAGGAGAAGAGCUGCUUUUAUUGUUAUCUAAUAAUGCCUUUAAAAGUCACAGAAAUUACUUAUUGAAAGUUAUCUCAUUCAUAUUUUCACUUUGAAAGUGCGCCAUUUGCAAUUUGACUGCAAAUACUUUGCAAAGAAAACUUUUGGCACGAAUUCGAAACUUCUGUUUUUUUUUCACGUUCCUGUUCAUAAAACGCGUGUAUUUACAUGAUUUACUUUUUGAAAAAUGAUCCUCAGUACAUAAGAAGAAAAAGAAAUGGAAAAAGAGCUGUAAAAAGCUUCAUAAUACGCGACGCGACCGCUCCGCAAGGAUUUCAAAGUUUCAAAAAAUGGCAGUCCCAAGAGCUGCAAAAAUUUUGGCAGUCCCAAGAGCUGCGAAAAUGUUGGCAGACCCAAGAGCUGCGAAAAUGUUGGCAGACCCAAGAGCAGUCCCAAGAGCGUUGAAGAUUUUGGCAGUCCCAGGAGCUGCAAAAGUUUUGGCAGUCCCAAGAGCAGUCCCAAAGGCAGCGUAAAUUUUUGGCAGUCCCAAAAUUAGUGAAAAAUUUUGGCAGUCCCAAGAGCUGCAAGGAUUUUGGCCGUCCCAAGAGCUGCGAAAAUGUUGGCAGACCCAAGAGCAGUCCCAGAGCGUUGAAGAUUUCGGCAGUCCCAGUCCCAGGAGCUGCAAAAGUUUUGGCAGUCCCAAGAGCAGUCCCAAAGGCAGCGUAAAUUUUUGGCAGUCCCAAAAUUAGUGAAAAAUUUUGGCAGUCCCAGGAGCUGCAAAAGUUUUGGCAGUCCCAAGAGCAGUCCCAAAGGCAGCGUAAAUUUUUGGCAGUCCCAAAAUUAGUGAAAAAUUUUGGCAGUCCCAAGAGCUGAAAAAGUUUUGGCAGUCCCAAGAGCAGUCCCAAAAGCAGUGAAAAAUUUUGGCAGUCCCAAGAGCAGUACCAAAGUAUCCCAAACUUUUUAUAGUACCCCAACCGCCACGAAAGAAUAGGAGCUUUGAUAAAUAUAUUUACACCAAUUCAUCAGCUUAUUUAGGUGGUAAAGGACUUUGCAAUAAUGGAGAAGGACAAGGGGUUUAUGUUCGAGGACGGCAUUCCAAUGUCUUCGGUUUUUGAGUUGAUAUCGAGAUAUAAGAACAGCAAGAAGCCGAUCGCUGACGUGAGCACCACGUUUCGAAUAAUCUUACGUGGUUUUUCACGCUGAUUUCUGCUUAAAAAUAUUCAAAAAGGCAGCUCAAAUUGAACCAUAUUCAAAAAUGCUUUUGAGCGGCCAUAACUUAAUUUCCAGGGCUCUCUGAAAAUUUUUAAGCAUAUAUUCGGAAUCAGCGUGAAAAAGCACCAUUGGAAAACCUGGAAUGAGCUCUAACUUUCCAGGGAAUAGCCUUGAUUUCGCCAAAACGCCGUAAGAAGUGGGAGCUCCGGAUGUCGAGCCUCGAGCUGGAGGCGACUCGCCUUAGUGAAGGUUUUCAGGAAAGUUGUAAUUCAAGAAUUGAAGCCUGCUGUAGGGAAUUUCGGCCAUGUGCUGAAAGGCUUUCUGAAAUCGCCAACCGGCGAGAAAAUCCCGGUCGCCGUUAAGCAACCCAAGACCAAUCUGCCCCCGGAUGGGAAUUUGGCAAAUGACUUGGUGGGUAUUUUUUCUGGAAGACGGGCAUGAUCAAUUCGGGAGAAGAAGCGUGAAGAUUGUGAUAUAAUUUUGAAAUGAAACAUGGUCGCAUUUGGAAUGGCUAUACGCGUAGCGGUUGCUGUGCGGCUGAAGUCAGAAGUUUCAAGCUUUCGUUUUCUUACCAGCACUUUCCGAAGAUCUCCCUGAAAAAAUCCAAUCCAACCCGCUCAACCUCAUUCAGGUCAACCAAAUGCUCUGUGAAGCGCGAGCCCUGCGACAAACCGCCAGUCACUUGAACGUGAUCAGCCUUCAAGGGAUUGUCACGGAACUCAAUCCGCCACUCCUCGUCAUGGAUCUCGUCCGUCUUUUUUGUAUUGAGCCGGACCACCUAAUCGUUUUCAGGUCGAAGGUUCCGACCUGGCCAAGGCCCUGCGAAGCCAGAUAGUCAGUGAUCAGCACCGACUCCCGAUAAUUAUCGGCGUCGCCAGCGGUCUUUCUCAUAUCCACCUCAAUGGAAUCGUUCAUCGCGACAUUUCGGCGCAGAACGUCCUUCUCAGCCACGACUUCACCAAAAUCAAAAUAUGCGAUUUUGGUUUGGCUAGAAUUGGUCCGAGUUACACGGUGGGAAAACGAUGCGGUCGCAUUUGGAAUGACUCAAAGCGUUGUGGUCGCGCUGGAGUUCACGUCGAACAGUCUGACCUUUUUCCUCUCACCGAAGAGGGAGAAUAGGUCACAGAGAAGUCAGACCGUUUCGGGUGGAGUAUGGCUGAGACUAAGAGACUAAGAUGAUCCUUCAAAUCUAGUUCCUUUUUUAUUUUCUGAUGAGAUACUGUCGGCUACACUCAGAUUCAAACCCCAACGCUUUGAGUUAUCCCUAGGAGUACGAUAAAAAAAACUUUUCUAAAGGCCAAAAGCACGCGUCCGAUCCCAUACAAGUGGAUGGCUCCAGAAACGUUGAUGAAGCGCGUUUUUUCCUUCAAAACCGACGUCUGGUCUUUUGGGGUUCUGGGUAAGUUUUGGAAGAUUUCAAAAAUGUGCGAAGUCCAAAUUUCAGUCUGGGAAGUUUACAACGACGGUGCCGAUCCCUACACCUUUUUGAAGCCCCAAGAAACUCGAGUUUUUCUUCUGGAAAAGAGAGAAAAGCUCGGUUUCAACCACGCAGUGAUUGAGUGUCCGCAAGGACGUGUGUUUCUGUCCAAAAAAAAAAAAAUGAGAAAAUAAUUUUCAGUCGUCGAUUUUAUCACGAAGAGUAUCUUCGAAUUCAGUCCCGAAAAACGGUGCAAUAUUAUAACCGUUUGCGAAAAGCUGAAGGAAAUCUUGUCCGAGCAAGAUCCGACUGUUCAACAAAGGUGCAUCCCGAUUCUGAUGGUGAGGAUUCUUGAUGGGUUCUGGAUUAUUUUGGGAAGUCUUUAGGAGAUGAAUCGAUCUAGACAGACUGCUGUGGCGAGUUCGAGAACCAGAAAGUCUCAGUCGCUUGAUGACAAUCGGAGGAAGACGAGUCGCGGGACCAAGCCCAAGUCGCCGCAUGGUUAUUUUUUUAUAAAUUUAGAACGAGACCAGCUUCUGGGAUCAAGAAAGAUUGUUCAGUUUUCUCCUUGCAUUUGAAACUAUUCACUGCUUUUUGAAGCCCUUUAGUGACAUCUUCAUCUUUUCUUUCUCUUCAAAAUCUUUGAAAAAUCACCUUUUCCUCUAGAGAGCUCCUUCAACAGUUGUAGCAUAUUUUCCAGCACUUUUUUUGACUUUUUCUAGUUUCAGUUCACCUAGAAGCUUCUGAAGCUAGGAGAGCAUCUUUCCUGACUUUUCUACCUUUUUUAAAGCUUUUCUUCCUCUUUUUGAACUUUUUAGGCUCCCUCUCUUUUUUUUAGUCCCUUUUCAAUCUACUAGGCCCAUCAAGAAGCUUUUCCGAAACUCAUAACGAAACUAACUCAGCUUUUCAUCGUCCUAAUGAACCUUCCCUUUCAAAAUUUCAAGAGCUUACUACUUUCCUUUUUCUGAACCUUAUCCAAAAAGAAAAAAUUUUCAAAAUAUGUUUUUCAGUGCGAAGCGCGAGAUCCAAAGAGAAGAAAAAUUCGAAGCCGCGAUCGCCGGACAGUUGA